AUGGCAAAAACAAGCGAUUUCUCUUCAAUUCACCUGGGCACAAUGUUCUUUGCUGUGGCAUUAGUAGUGGUCUUCUUUCUCAGGUCUCACUCAGUUGCUGCUGACAAUAAUCCACCUGCCCUUUUUAUAUUUGGAGACUCAACGGCAGAUGUUGGAACUAACACCUACUUGCCUAAUAGCCUUGUUCGAGCUGACUUUCCCUUUUACGGGAUCGACUUCCUCCACUCGAAGCCUACUGGAAGGUUCAGCAAUGGUUUUAACAGUGCCGACUUUCUGGGCAAACUAAUGGGCCUCAGACGAAGCCCACCGCCUUUUCUAUUACUUGUGGAUACCCGUCGUGGCAUCCAGAAACAUGCCUGCAAAGGUGUUAACUUCGCCUCAGCAGGAGCUGGUUUACUUGACGACACAGGACGAACUCUGGGUGUGGUUCCAAUGUCCAAGCAGAUAGAGCAAUUUACAACUGUUCAUAGCAACCUCACAUCUCUAUUGGGUAAUAACAAGGCAAGGGAAUUGCUAAAACAAGCCAUAUUUUCAAUCAGUAUCGGAAGCAACGAUAUCUUAGGCUAUUUCGCAACAAAUAGCACUAUCCCAAAGGAACAAUUCAUUGUCGCUCUAAUGAUCACAUAUCGAAACCAAGUUAAAGCUCUGUACGAUCUUGGAGCAAGGAAAUUUGGGAUCAUCAGUGUCCCACCAAUAGGGUGUUGCCCAUCUCAAAGACUUCACGCGGCUGGUAACUGUUUUGAAGCUAUGAACGAUUUCGCAACAAGUUUCUAUACUUCUUUAGAUAGCCUGCUUAGGAAACUCAGCACACAGCUUCAGGGGAUAAAGUACUCACUUGGGAACACAUAUGAAAUGACCAUAAAUGUCAUAAAACAUCCUCUUGCCUUCAAUUUCACAGACGUGAAAGGUGCAUGUUGUGGAGGUGGUACGCUCAAUGCUGUGCUACCUUGUAAUGCAACUGCUAACCUUUGUCCCAAUCGCAAACAAUACCUCUUUUGGGAUUUAUUCCACCCAACACAAGUUGCAUCUCAGCUGGCAGCAGUUACUCUUUUCUCGGGUGGUCCUCAGUUCGUUAGCCCCAUAAACUUUGGACAAUUAGUAGAGGGCAAUUAG